AAGAAGGGGGGGCGCUCACUGUGUGAACUGCACCUUUUCGAUCGGGACAUAAACAGCAAACACGAUUUAAAAAAAAAUAUAUAUAUAUAUAGGACAGCCCUGAGUUUCUUUGGAUUGUUUAUCAUUAUUUUAAGUAGCUUCAGUAGGAUUCCUUCAAACCGGAACUUGUGAGGGUGCGGAUCACGUUUGGCAUCCGAACAAGAGGCAAUAACGCGCCGGUCUUUCGUCAGACACACGGCGGAGACUCCAAAGAGGAGAGAGGAGAAUCAUGGCGCUCAGGGGACAUCUGCUAAGACUUGCUCGAACCUGGUCGCUCGCAGGCGGUCAGCCAAGCCGAGCCCAGUCGGUGGCCGUGCUGGGGGCUCCCUUCUCACAUGGACAGAAAAGAAGAGGCGUGGAACACGGGCCUAAAGUCAUCAGGGAUGCGGGGCUCAUCGAGCAGCUGUCUGGUUUGGAUUACGCCGUGCAUGACUUUGGUGAUCUCACUUUCCACUACCCGGAGGUGGACGAGCCCUUCAUGGACGUCCACUCCCCUCGCACAGUGGGCGCCGCCACAAAGAAGCUUUCGGGCGCAGUGAGCAGAGCGGUGGGCGCCGGUCAUACCCUGGUCAUGCUAGGAGGGGACCACAGCCUUGGCAUUGGAUCGGUGGCAGGCCACGCCCAACAGUGUCCUGACCUUUGUCUCAUAUGGAUUGACGCGCACGCCGAUGUGAACACGCCCGAGACUUCACCAUCGGGGAAUCUCCACGGUCAGCCGGUGGCCUUCCUGCUCAAAGAGCUGCAAGAUAAGGUGCUGGAUCUUCCGGGGUUUUCUUGGGUGAAGCCGGUUCUCUCCUGCAGGGACCUGGUGUAUAUUGGACUUCGGGAUGUGGACCCCGGCGAGUACCACAUCCUGAAGAACUUGGGGAUCCAGUACUUCACCAUGAGGGAUAUCGACAGACUCGGCAUCCAGAGGGUCACGGAAGUCGCUCUGGAUCACGUGCUGGCGAGAAAGCAAAGACCCGUUCACUUGAGCUUUGACAUCGACGCAUUCGACCCGUCUCUGGCUCCUGCUACGGGGACGCCGGUGAACGGAGGGUUGACCUACAGGGAGGGCAUCUACAUCGCAGAGGAAGUUCACAACACAGGUCUGCUGUCGGUCAUGGACCUGGUGGAGGUGAACCCCGGGGUGGGGGCGACACAGGCGGCCAUAGAGGCCACCGCCUCCCUGGCUGUCGACGUCAUCGCGUCAUCCCUGGGGCAGACGAGAGAAGGAGCUCACGGGGUCAUUGACGAGAUCCGCUCGACUAAAGAAGGCGACACGGAGCAGCUCUGCCUCUGAGUGCUCAGAGCAAAACAGCCACAGACUUCUUCCACGAACCCCAUAAGCAUUCCAAAGUGUUGCAUCCAAGACUACAAAAAAAA